AUGGGCACUUUAGUCAGUGAUGCUUCUGGAAAGCAGUAUGACGCAUAUGCAAACACGGGCAUUGCAGUGCUUGCCUUUGAUUAUUGCAUCACACUAGACAAAGAGGUCAAGCUAGUCUGGGGCCGCAAGUGGGACUUCGGUCGUACCAUUUUUACGCUGGCGCGCUACCUCCCGUUUCCUGGAAUAGCCAUGACCGUGUACGCGGCGUUGCAGUCGGUUGCGCUGAAUCCUUGCGGCCAUUUGGACAAUGGCAAGUUCGUGUCUAACACAGGGCUAGUUUCAAACCUAUUGCAUAUUGCUGCUAUUGUUGCUGCCGAAGCUCUUCUGUUGAUCAGAACGUGGGUUUUUUGGGACAAAAAUAAACGGCUUAUGGUCAUUCUCUGUGUGCUUGCUGUGGUAUUCAUUGUAGCAGCCGUGUUGAUUACGUCGCACGUCAAUGACAUUCUGUCUCUGAGAGGCACCCCGAACCCUUGGCCGGAAGCAUGCGAUUUCCGUGCAGGAAAAGGCAGUGCCAUCCAGUACGCCUUUUUAGUCGUUUAUGAACUCACGGUAUCUCUGGGGAAUAUCGUUGUCACAGUAGCUGCUGCGAACUACCACAACGAGUACUUGGACAGUCUCCAAGUCACGAUGCACAGCGUCGUUGCGGCGCGUCUCUUCUUCCAUCUGAAAGAAAGUAGCAGUUUGGAGCAGUCCUUGUCUCUGCCACAGUCGCUGGAACACUUGCACGAUGCGAGUGCUGGCGGGGCAUGUGGUAUGGUUCCGGAGGACAUGGUUGAAGGAUGA